UUUUCUUUGAAAGAGAUGAAAAGGAUUAUUCUUACAUGAAAUAGAACGGUUGCCUAAUGCGUUCCGAAAAAAAACCGGAAUGAGGUUUUCCUGAGUUUGUUCUCCGGGGUGGAAAUUUGAUGCACCGCCCAUUCAAAACAAAUUUGCUUGGACGAAGCCCAAAUUCGGUUGGAUAAAAAAAAAAAAAAUACACCGGUUUCCCUUCAUAGAUUCUUUGCGACCAACUAUGAGCAUGUCAGACGAUCAACCUGACGUUGGCUCAUAUUCUUGGAGUCAGACCGAAGACCAGGUUACGAUCUCCUUCCUUGUCCCGGAAAGUUGCAAAUCAAAAGAUCUCGAUAUUGUCAUUGAAACUCAUCAUGUCAAGGCGGGUUUGAAAGGACAAGAACCUGUUCUCAAGGCUAAACUAUUUGCACCCAUCAAUCAUUUCGGAUCGUUGUGGCAACUCGAAAAGAGUGCCACCUCACCAUUCUCGUCGUUAACAGCUUCGCCUUCCUUCUCCAUUGCUUCGUCUUAUGCCUUCAUGUCCUCGCCUAAUCAUUCCCCUACCCAUUCUCCCAACUCUUCCAUGAUUUUACCAGCUCCCGCGCUCGCUGAGACCAAUGGUGCUUCGUCCACUCCAAUGGCAGAGUUGUUGCAUCAAACGGCCGCCCUGGGAAGCUAUUCCGUGUCUUCCUCGGAUGAUAAUUCGCAACCUGCCUCGCCCGUGGCCAUUAAUACACCUCCUUCUUUGGCAACCCCACCGCAUCUUCAGGGCGAAGCGCAGCAAUCAGCUCCUAAAUAUCGACUACUCACCAUCCAUUUGGAAAAGGACCAAGAGGGGUUACAUUGGAUGGUGCCUAUUUCGGCUGGUUGGAAGACGGAUGAGAUGGACAUUGAUGUGACGAGUGCUUCCCAUUUAGGAAGUUGGUAUGAAGCCACAGGCAAUUUGGAGAAAGCCUUCAAGUAUUACGAAAGUGCGGCUGAACGAGGUCACACACGAUCGAUGACCAAACUCGCCACCAUGUAUGAGGUAGGAAAUGAGAUGCAUGAAACUCGCUGAAAGGAAAAGAAAAAAAAACGGUUGGAUUGACGGGUGGGUUUGUUCUAUUUUUGAAGCUUGAAACCGGACUUGAGAAGGAUGCGAAAAAGGCAUUUGAGUGGUACAAGCGCGCGGCCGAUGUUAUCGAACAAUC